UGUUGACUUACAUACAUACUGUAAUUAUUUGUAAAUACAUUUUACAGCUAUUGAAAAAACUUAUUACACAUUUCUUUGAUAACUGUAAUUAGUCAUUUAAGUCAUAGUUUACUAGGCACACGCUGAAAGUUCUGUCAACAGUGCUCUCAAUUCUAUUUUUCAACUUCUAUCGCAGUCCUUUUAACAAUUACUUAAUUCUGUAAAGUAACAGUAACUGUAAUUUAAAUAAUAAUUCUAAAAGAAAGUAUUAGCCGUUGUGUUCUUAUUCAUUAUAUUCUUCUUGCUUAGUAGCAAAAAGAUAACCUAAGGUGCUAACCAUGAAUGUAACGUUAAUCAGAAUUCCACAAUACGUACGUGGUAAUAUCUUAAAUUAUCGAAAUAUCAGAUGUUAUUCUGAAAAGAAGGACAGUGACAAAGAGAUACCUACAAAUCCAUUAAAAGAGUAUUACAGUGCAAAUCAACAAACAGAAAAUGGUCUUAUAUAUGAUAAUAAACCUUUUAAGUAUACCUGUAUAGCUGGUAAAAAAUAUGCAUGGUGUUUAUGCGGUCAAAGUCAUAGUCAACCAUUCUGUGAUGGUACUCAUAAGAAUCAAUUUUUGAAAAUUAAACAAAGGCCUAUACAUUUUACCGUAACUGAAACUAAAUCUUAUUGGCUUUGUAAUUGUAAACAAACAUCAAAUAGACCUUUCUGCGAUGGUACACAUUUAAGGCCAGAUAUACAGGAAAAGAAAUAAGAAAAUUUGUAAAAAAUUAUGUGAUUGUAUAGAGUGUAUGUACCAAUAUUAUACUGUACAUUUUUUUUCUUUAGUAAAGUUUUACUACCAAA